ACCCAGUUCAGCAUAUCCGGUCUGAUAUCGGGUUCAGCAUAUCCGACCCCCUUUACCUUCUGCCCUCUCCUUCUUGCGCUCUUUGUUUGCUCUUGCUGCAAGAAACAAAGCACACGGAGGAGUAACAGAGAAAGCAACCCGAAUAAACCGUAGGAGAGAAGAAGAAGAAGAGAAGGUGUCGUCAUAGCCAUGGCUCGAUACGACCGCGCAAUCACGGUCUUCUCCCCCGACGGCCACCUGUUCCAGGUGGAGUACGCCCUCGAGGCCGUCCGCAAGGGCAACGCCGCCGUUGGCGUCCGCGGCACCGACACCAUCGUCCUCGGCGUCGAGAAGAAGGCCACCCCCAAGCUCCAGGACUCCAGAUCGGUGAGGAAGAUCGUGAGCCUGGACAACCACAUCGCGUUGGCUUGCGCGGGGCUGAAGGCCGACGCGCGGAUCCUCAUCAACCGGGCCCGCAUCGAAUGCCAGAGCCACCGCCUUACGGUGGAGGACCCUGUCACCGUCGAGUACAUCACGCGCUACAUCGCCGGGCUCCAGCAGAAGUACACCCAGAGCGGCGGCGUCAGGCCCUUCGGCCUCUCGACCCUCAUCGUUGGCUUCGAUCCCUACACCGGGGUCCCUGCGCUCUACCAGACCGAUCCCUCGGGAACCUUCUCUGCCUGGAAGGCCAAUGCCACUGGGAGGAACUCCAACUCCAUGAGGGAGUUCUUGGAGAAGAACUACAAGGAGACAUCUGGGCAGGAGACGGUGAAAUUGGCCAUCCGAGCGCUGCUUGAGGUCGUUGAGAGUGGAGGAAAGAACAUAGAAAUUGCUGUAAUGACGAGAGAGAAGGGUCUUCGUCAACUUGAGGAAGCUGAAAUUGAUGCUAUUGUUGCUGAGAUUGAGGCUGAGAAAGCUGCAGCUGAGGCUGCUAAGAAGGCGCCUUCUAAGGAAAUUUGAUGCUGGAUGUUUCCAUAAAUCCCAGGAUUUUUCAGUUGCUUGUUCUUUAUUUCUCAAAACCAUCUUUUUUUUACUUGUUUUUUGUGUUCUGGAUGCUGGGGUAAUAUAGGAAACUCAAAUCUUUUGCUAGUCAAGUCUUGUUUUCAUGACUGACAUAUUUUUUUUUAUCUAUGGGACUAUGACAUACCGAAUUAUGCUGCCAA